AUGCCCCUCUCAGGCUCUACGACGAGCCUUAUGACAGAUUACCGUAGAGUAGAGGAUUCUACGAGGGAUUCCAGGGUCAAAGAGAAGAUGUCCACGUAUUCCUUUCGAAGGGCUUCGUGUUGGCCUAGUAUUGUUGGUUUUGUUCGAGGAAAAGCCAUGGGUGGUAAGGAUCAUUUGAUCCAGGGAGAGCAGUGA